AUGUGGCCAAUCGAAGUUGGCACGGCCGUAUCGAGUAUGGCGGGACCCGCGACGCGUGGUGCCGCCAACUCUUCUCCACACAACCGCCUCCUGAUCGCUAGCCCGACCUUUGACAUGGAUCUCCUUGCAUGUUACGAAGAGGACGCGUGUGAUGCUCCAUCCGCCGCCAGCACGGCUAUGUCCUUUGCCUUGACGACGUGCGCGGCGGCCGACACGGACGACAUCCUCGACACCCUCUACCGCAAUGAAAUCAGGACAUUGUUGCGACCUGUGGCCGACUACCUUGUCCGAACGCAGCUCCAUGGCAUGACGGCGUCGUGGCGCACUCAAGUCGUGGAUUGGAUGAUAUCAGUUGCAGAGACUGUCGAGUUCGAGGUGACGACCAUAACGUUAGCCAUCCAUUACCUCGACAGGUACUUGUCGGUGGUGUCGGUGCGCCAAGCGGACCUCGAGCUCAUUGCGCUUGUGUGCCUCAUGACUGCAUCCAAGUUCAACGAGUCGGAUGGGCUUACCGUGGCCGAAGUGUCCCAAAUGAUCGAUGACAAGUACUCCCCUGCAUCGGUCCUCGCGAUGGAGCGAUCGCUUCUCGCAAAGCUCGAAUGGAAUCUGCAUGCGACCCUCCCCCACCACUUUAUCGAGUGCUUUGUCGCGCAGCUGAAUCCACCCGACGUCGCGGCUCAAGUCAUGCAUCGCUGCGCGACGAUGUUGUCCGCAAUCGUUCGCGACAUUGCAAGCUUGGACUUCUUGUCGUCGGAGAUCGCCUACACCGCGCUCACGCUUGCCAUGCACGAGCUGCAUGUGGCAGCGUCGCUUCCGACGUAUCAAGGCGAUAGCUCCCGCCUGGACGAGUGCGAAGACGUCGUCGAGUCCAUCGUGGGUCCAUCCGUGAAAGGUGCCGACCAAAUCAAGUGCGGCAAGCGAGCGUCGAGUCCGUCCAACGUCGAGGAUUUUACUGAUGACGUUGUGCUUCCUCCUCGACAGCGCCAGCGCCUUUGGUCGAUUUAACUUAACUACCUAAUUAUUCUUCGUCCU